UUAUGUCCGGGACUUUGUACCAAAGGCAAACGGAAACCUACAUACGACUGAAGCUAUGAAGAUGCAUCUUAGGAUUUUGGGUUGCGUUUGGAAGUUUGUAUUCCAUCGAACUCACGUCUACAACUUGUCUCCUCGUCGCUGCAGCCACUCCCCCUUUUCCCAUCUCCACCACCUCCCCACCUCAUCCCUCUCCCUCAUCACACCCUGUCACGCAUACACCACCCAGCCUCCUGGCCACUCGAGGCCCAACAUCUGUUGGAAGUGUGACAGAGACCUAGACGAAGGCUCAAGAGACGAUGAUGGGUCAAGAGUAAAGUUCUUGUGCCCCUGUGAUAAACGCGUCGUCCUACCUCCGUCUAAUACCCACACCUACUUUCAGAUAAUGGACUGGUAAAACAACAGACUAUCUAUACAGUCAAGCCUAGCUCAGAAUAAGGAAAACACCUCUGAAUGGACACUUCCAAUGUCCCUUUCACUGCUAAACCCCUUUACCCAUUUCUGCAGCCCUGUCAGCUAUAGAUUGAAUGUGGAAGCACUAAAGGAGAGAUUCAGACAACUGCAGCGUCAACUCCACCCUGAUCGAUUCUCUACUGCUUCUCCAGAGGAGCAGGAGUUUUCUGCCGGGCAGUCUGCUCUCGUCAACAGGGCCUACUCAACACUUCUCAAGCCUUACUCUAGAGGACUAUAUCUACUGGAGUUGAAUGGACUGACGAUAGACGAAAAAGACACACUGACAGAUGCAUCAGGAUUCCUGGAGGAGAUGUGGGAAGUGAGAGAGAGCCUAGACGAUGCAGCCAACACCGGAGAUUUAGCAGCUCUUCUGCUGCUUCAGACCACUAACAACGCAAACUUGAAGAACAUUUCUGAUGAAGUUGCAGCUUCUUUUGAUUCAGGUGACUAUACAGCUGCCAAGGAGUGUCUGGCAAGAAUGAAGUACUUUAUCAACAUCGAAGAGUCACUAAAAGACAGACUUGAUCCUCCACCAUAGUGAUUUUCAUAUAAUUAUACUUUCUGCUGAAUGAUAAUACUGCAGUCUUAAUU